AUGCAGGAUGCUCCUCCUUCCUGCAGCCGUGCCCAGCAGCAGAGCAAGCAUGGCGGAGCCCACUGCGGGGAGUCUCAGCUGCAGAACGGCACGGCCAGAGGGGCCACCCACUCAGCGACCCCGGGAAGCUUGGGUGUGAACCGACACUUCCACAUGAUUUGUAUCCGGGACAAAUUCAGCCAGAACAUUGGGCGGCAGGUUCCCUCCAAGGUCAUCUGGGACCAUCUGAGCACUAUGUACGACAUGCAGGCACUGCAUGAGUCUGAGAUUCUUCCAUUCCCAAAUCCAGAGAGGAACUUCGUUCUUCCAGAAGAGAUCAUUCAAGAGGUUCGGGAAGGAAAAGUGAUUAUUGAAGAGGAAAUGAAAGAGGAGAUGAAGGAAGACGUGGACCCCCACAAUGGGGCUGACGAUGUUUUUUCAUCUUCAGGGAGCUUGGGGAAAGCAACAGAGAAAUCCAGCAAAGAGAAGGAGAAGAGCUCCUCAGACCUGGGGUGCAGAGAGGGAGGUGACAAGCGCAAGCGCAGCCGGGCCACGGACAAGGUCCUGACCGCCAACAGCAACCCCUCCAGCCCCAGCGCUGCCAAGCGGCGCCGAACGUAGACGCCUCAGCCCAGGCAGGAGCAGGGAAAAGGCCAUGUUCACUGAGGGGUGGUCCCAGCACCAGCCCACAGCCCACAGCCAUGUCAUCCCGGUGCUGUGAGCCAUGCUGCCUGCUGCUCCUAGGCUUCCAGGCAGAUGUGGAUGGCCACCUUGUGUCCAGGGAGACUAUCUGGAGCACUGAUGGACAUGAAAGACCAGGAUGGACCCCACUCUGAUGUUGAGGGCUCUGAGUCGAAGUUCUGUGUUCUCUUGAGCACAGGCUUCUUGUGACACUGGAGGAGCUCCUGUGCUGAAGCGCUCGGCUACACGCUGCGUGGAGGAAAGGGGGGGGCAUGGGGCCAGCAAGCAAUAAGAACUCUGUCCCCACACUCUAUCCUCAGAAGGAGCCACCAGUCUCCCUACGUGGCUCAGUUCUGUCCACUCGCUGGUCCCCAUGAGCCUCUAUACUGACUGGGACAUCAGGAGAGCGUGGCCUGCUGUCACCCACCUGCCAUGCGCCGGGAGCCUCCCUCCCCACCUGGGAAGCUAAGAACUGGAUAUUUCACCUCAUUCACUUGUACUGUAACAAUGUAUAUAAUAUGGUUGGUAUUUCACUAUUUAAUUUUUAAGAAGCCUAUUUUACUAGUGUUUUAUAUGUAAAGAAUACUGCAGAAGCUGAACCUGUGUUGUAUUUUUUCUGAGAUGUUUUGUUUUAAGGUAAUGACUGCUGAGAUACUUUUUGCUCAGUUUUUAUAUGCCAGAUACAGAAUUUGUAGCGGUUAUUUUUGUAUUAUCUAGUAACUUGCAAACAGACCAGGUGAGUAAGCGGAGGGAAUGCACAGCCCCACGUCAGCUGAAGUGCACUCUCAUUUGACUGCAGAACAUUAAAGCACAAGAAGUCAACCUGGA